AGCAACGGUGCUGGGCCGCGGCGGCCGCGCAGGUGAGGCCGCGCCCGGGGCUCGCGGUCCCGCUCAGCGCCGCUGGCCGAGCUCUUCCUCCGCGGGGACGGGGGCGGCGGACCGGUGUGGCGGGGCCCCUUCGGUUGUGCGGUCCGCUCGGGCCGCAUUCCGCUGCCUCGCACCCUCGGGCUGUGGCAGGGGGCACGCCCCGGGCUGGGGUGUCCUCUAGGCCAAGAAGCGACUCCUCCUGCUGAGGAGAGGAACACAGAGCCCUGUUCCUCUCAGCUGGCUGUGCCGCAGCACUUGCUGAACUCCAGGUCGCCCCUGCACCCUUUCCUGGAGUCCCUGUGGAAGGACCAUGGAAGAAACUGAGGAGGAAAAAAAGGACGAGGCCGAUUAUAAAAGGCUUCACAGUUUUCCUCUGAUUAGGCACUCGGACAUGCCGGAGGAGAUGCGUGUGGAGACCAUGGAGCUGUGCGUCACAGCGUGUGAGAAGCAUGCCACCAACAAUGAGAGCGCUGCCAAGAUGAUCAAAGAGACAAUGGACAAGAGAUUUGGGUCCUCCUGGCAUGUGGUGAUUGGGGAAGGUUUUGGCUUUGAGAUCACUCAUGAGGUGAAGAACCUGCUGUACAUGUUCUUUGGUGGCAGCCUGGCCGUGUGCGUCUGGAAGUGCUCCUGACCCCUGGCUGGGUCCCAGACUUGCUAAUUACAAGAGGUUUCUUCCUGCUCUUGACAAGUUUUGUAUGAUCUGGAGGUGGGGCUUUAUUUUUAAUACUUAAAUGUCAAGAUUUCUUUUUUUCAUACUGACGUAACAGUUCUGUGGGAUACAUAAAGUUGCGUGUGUGUGUGUGUGUGUGUGUAUAAACUUGCUAAACUGUCCUGUCCUUGUGGGAUUUCUCAUCUGUCUGUGGCUCUUUCCUUCGUGUUUGAGCUGGAGCAGGAAGGAAGUGAGGAAUAGGUAAUCUCACAACACACUGCACAGCAGCACUAGCAGGGGAAAGGGAAAACAAAAAGGUGCUAUCUAGCCCUAUGGUUUCUUUAACUCCCAUUUAUUCCACACAGUUUUCCUCUCUCCUCUGCUCUCUCCGCUACCAUGCAGCAUGGCUCUGACCAGCACCUGUCUUUCCUCUCUCUGGAUGCUGCUUAUACAUUCUUCCUCCCUUCUAAGAUGUCUGUGCAGACCUGACAGCACCAAGGGUCUCCCUUCAGGCUGCCUGUGGAGGUGUGAGCCACUGGGAAGCAGUCCCAGAUUGCCCUUCCCUGCUGUUUUGGGAGGGUACAGCAGCUGAGCUGCCUGGGUGUAGGAGGUUGCUAUGCAAACUGCCCCCUCCUUUCUCACCCACAGCACACUGAGACAGCAUGAAAACACAGGCGGCUGACGAUGCCUGGGGAGUGGGUGAGAGCUCUUUUUAAGGCUCAAAUGCCUCCCUGUCAGUUCCUGGGGGUGUUGCAAGUGCUGUGUACUUUCAGCAUCUUGUUUGGAGGCUGACAGAGGAAGGAGGCUCCAUGUGAAAUAUAACUUGGUCAUCAGAAACCUAAUGUCUCUCUGGACUUGCUUUCUUUUAGCCUGUUUAAUUUUUUUAAAGCUGUCGGUGUUGGAGGAUUGAAUGAGCAUAACUAUGUUACGUGUAUGGCUUAUUUAUAAAACCUGGGGAACUGUGUUUUUACAAUAAAAGUUUAGUAAAAUGUC